AUUGGUGAGGAAGAAAGAGUAAAUACAUGCACAGUAAAACAUAAACAAAAGUAGUAAAUUAAUUAUAUCCAGUAAAAUACAAACAUGUCACAAACAAAAGAUGCAUUGCUGCGAAGCUACAAUAACAGACUGAAGGAUGAUGUCAAAAGCAUGCUGGAAAACUUUGAGGAAAUCAUCAGAAUGGCUAAAGGAGAGAAUGAGAAUGGACAGCUAGCAAAAUUAACACAAAGUGAACAAGAUGGAUACGAAAUGCAAGUCAGAGCAGCAAAUAUAGUUCGAGCUGGAGAAAGUUUAUUGAAGCUACUGUCUGAUAUUAAGCAGUUCCUAGUAUUAAAUGACUUCCACAGCGUGAACGAUGCUAUAUCCAAUAGUUCAGCUAUUUACAGAAACACACAGCUCGAUAGAGACUCAAAGUUAAUGAAUUUAAGGGACGAAUUAGCAGCUGAUUUGUAUGAUCUAGAACUUGAAUAUUAUACUGGAAAUUUUACAGAAGGAAGCAGUAAAAACAAUUAAAGAUCCAGCAACAGUGUCU